AUGGCGAUGCCAUCAUCCCGGAAAUCUAUCAGAUUCGCAUCGCAGCUGAAUGAACCAGCUUUCAAGCGCCAAAAGAUGAGCAGCGACACUUCCACUUCUACUCUCUCCUAUGAAACCACUAUCACUGCAACGACCGCGCAGAGCGUCUGCUUGGUGGGCUCUGAAGACCUAUCUAGCAUGGUCUUUCACGCCGCCGACCUUCAGAGAGUGACCAACUCUUGGUCCACACAUCAUCCCUUGACCGGUGCCGAGUUCGAGAUGAAGAUGUCGUUCAAAGCCUGCGAGAACACCGCCAACAGCCUUCGCAGCACACUUGAGAGCCUGGAAGUCAAAGCUGCCAAAGAUCAUAUAGCUUGCAAGUGGGGAGACAACACCAGCGAUCCGCACAGCACGCACGAAGGCAGCGAGAACCGAGACGAUGCGGAGGCAAUCGCGAACAGACUCAAAGACUCGAUCAUGAAGACCGUCGAGGAGGAAGCAGACCCACUUGCGGACUUUGAAUCAAAAGUCAAGGUUUACUUUCAGCAAGACGUAAUCGAGCGCGCCACAAGUGAGCUCAAACGUGAGAUCGAACUUCAGUGGAGGAAGUCCGAAUGA